GGGAAAAGAUGGCGGAAGUGGAUGAUGAGUUGGAAUCAAGCAGCGCGUCAAGUAAAGUUGGUGAAUACGAUUGUUCUGAAGUAUCAAAAACUGGAACUAAAAGUAAAUAGUCUAAAGUGGAGGAUACGUUUAUGAAUCAUAAUGAAUCGCUUCUUGUUUGGGAUGCAUUUGUUGGGUAAAGAAGCAUAUGUAGGAUACCUGUUUGAAGUGUCUAAUGGUGAAGUAUGCGCUGGGGAAAGUGGAUUCUGUCAGGGUGACUAAGAGUGGUCUUUAUUUUGAUUCAUUGUAUUUCUGAAGAACAGAGGAAGAUUGCAGUGAGCCUCAAAAGAAUCCGGACAACAGAAGUUUUGAACUUUCGGAGUAGAGACACCCGUCAAAGGAGUCAUCUCAGGGGUGACGACGGAUGUUCAGGUUGAAUCCUUGAAGAGACUUCCUGGUGUGGUUGACGCUCCGGGCGUCUGACCCGCUGGGUGACUGAAGGAAAAGAAAGUCUGUCGGUCCUGUUGUUUUUUCAUUAAGAGCAAAUACCAACGCAUGUGAAGCUUGGUUAUGUAAGAUACACUGUUAGAGCUUUCAUCCUCAAACCACUGCAGUGUGAGAACUGUAAAGGAUGUGGCCAUGUUGCAAGUGUGUGCAGACGGACAGAGCACAUUGAAGAAUGGUGUGUAGAAUGACGACGGUGUUGUAAUUGUGGUAGGGAUCAUGAUCCUGAGUUCUUGGAGUGCCCUGUAAGGGUGAAGGAGAUUGAGGUGGGGAUCAUGAUCCUCAGUUCCUGGAGUGUCACCCUCCCUAGGAGAGGGGGUGACCUCGAUAAUUUAUUGUUAAAACGAGAGGCUGCCUGGGAUCUUUAAUUUGAAGACCCUUGCUCCCGUCGGUCUCAACGUGGACUUUGAUCUGAAGCCAUUCUUGUGAUUAUUAUGAUUUUUCUAUUGUAAAUGUCUGUCUGCUUAUGUGAUGGUAUCUAUGAUCGUACGCUAUCCAUUUCUUUUUUUGUAUGUUAUUUUUAUAUCUUAUAAUUAACCAAUGAUAUCAGGCCACACCUGGCCAUGAUUACAGACACCUGUGUGUCUUUUGACACUAUAUAAAUGAGUCACCCCAAAGUGUUUGUCAUUAUACCCUGAUGAAGACAGCUUGUUGGACAAAAAAAAAAUGUUUGCAUCUGAGCUCCUAGUGUGCGGCUCUCCUUUAUAUUUUUUAAGAGGACGCACCACAGCCUGUAGUAAAUGUUUUCUGCCAGUCACAAGAUACCCUGUGUGUUAAAAGGUGUAUUAGGGUGUUUAUUUUGUGACUUUCAUCAAAUCAAAUUUUAUUUGUCACAUUCUCUGAAUACAACAGGUGUAGGUAGACCUUACAGUGAAAUUCUUACUUUACAAGCCCUUAACCAACAAUGCAGUUUUAAGAAAAUUAGUGUAAAAUUAAAAAAUAAUAGCUCAUUUAAAUAGCAGCAGUAACAACAGUAGCAAGGCUAUUUAUAAGGUGUAGCCUUACAUAGUCAAUGUCAUUGCACAGUUAUAAACUGCACAAGUAUCAAAUAAAUUAAAGAAACUGGGUAUUAUUGUGGCUGCAGCAGAAACGGUUUUGUGGCUAAAGAUUUUACAUCUGAAAGACUUGCAAGGGGUACUGGCACCAGAAGACCAGUCCUCCCAGGUUCCCCUUGAGCCUAUGUUGGGAUCAUAUCUGUUUGAUCAUUUUUUUAACACAUUGUUUGAUUUAGUUUAGUUUAUAUAUGUAUUUUUGGUAUUUUGGUGUUUUUUUGUGGGUAUUUUGUUCCAUUUUGGGAAUCCUGUUUCCAUCCCGCACAGCAGGUGGCAGAAUGCACAUUCAAUUGUGCGAUCUCCAAUAGAAGAAGAUGUUGCCACGUGAUGUGCACUGAAUCAGCUGAUAUAUGGUCACGUGAUUUUUAACAACAAGGAAGAAGCCGUUUGCACCGAAGAACAUACAACGUUUAUAAUCAGUGAUUAUUAUGUUUAACGUUCUUUAUUCUUCUUUUAAGUUUUCCUUGUCUUGAAUGCAGUAUUACGUGUUAAUAGAUAAUUUGGUUGUUAUUAAAUGUUCAAAACCUGACUAGAUACUUUUAUCUGGCAACAAUUCCCGCAGAAGCCACAACAAUGAGCGCGUUUAGAAAAAGAGGAAGUGUUCUUGUUGUCCUUUGUUACCUCGGGAGUUUUCACGUCCUUUUCGGAUACAAUGUAUCCAGAGAAGAGCAGCACGAUCUCAGCCUGAACAGGAAAUGGACCAUACAGAACUCAAAUGGGUCUCUGUCGCUUCCAGCAGAGGUACCGGGGUGUGUACACUCUGCUCUCCUGAAACAGGGCUUUAUCAAGGAUCUCUACUUCAGGUUCAAUGAUGUAGCAUACAGGUGGAUCGCUCUUGACAACUGGACAUACACGACUACAUUUUCUGCCUCAACAGAGCUAAGGGCUAAACAACGAGUCCAGCUGGUGUUUGAAGGAGUGGACACUGUAGCGUCCAUCUCUCUGAAUGGAGUUGUCGUGGGAAAGACAGACAACAUGUUCCGCAGAUAUGACUUCAGCGUAGGCCAGUUGUUGAGGGAAGGGGAGAACGUUGUGAAGGUGAGCCUCCUCUCUCCUGUCGUGUACGCCUCAGAGAGGAGUCAGGCUCACUCCUCCUACAGCGUGCCCCCUGACUGUCCUCCACCCGUCCAGAAGGGAGAAUGUCACGUCAACUUUAUCAGAAAGGCUCAGAGUUCCUUCAGCUGGGACUGGGGACCGUCAUUCCCAACCCUGGGGCUGUGGAAGGGUGUUCAUCUGGAGGCCUUUGAUGUGCUGCGCCUAAUCCAUCUCUCUACUGUACCAGUCUAUAACUCCUCUCUGUCUCAGUGGGUGGUAACGGUGGAAGUGUUGGUUGAUGCUGUGGAGGAGACUAAAGUCCAGGUCAACCUCUCUCUGAUGGAGCUGUCUACAGAACAAGCCUUCAUGGUGGUGUUUCCAUCUGGGCAGAGCAAGAACACCUUGAGCCUCCAUGUCAACACAAGUAACCAGGUGAAGCUGUGGUGGCCCAGUGGCCAUGGUGAGCAGCACUCCUAUCAUCUCAGUGUGAGAGGAACCAUGCUGGAGGGAACAGCCAUACUCAGGACAGACACACAGGUGUAUUUCCGUACAGUAGAGCUGGUCCAGGAGCCAAUCGCUGGUUCCCCUGGGCUGAGUUUCUACUUCCGGGUCAACAAGAAGCCCAUCUUCCUGAAGGGGUCAAACUGGAUCCCAGCUCACGCCCUUCAGGACCUGGUCAGCCCUGCUGAUGUGAGGAACCUUCUACAGUCGUCCGUAAGCGCUAAUAUGAAUGCUCUCAGGGUCUGGGGGGGAGGAGUCUAUGAGCAGGACAUGUUCUACUCUCUCUGUGAUGAGAUGGGGAUCAUGAUCUGGCAGGACUUCAUGUUUGCCUGUGCCAUGUACCCCACUGAGCCUGACUUCAUAGAGACGGUUAGAGAGGAGGUUGUCCAACAGGUGAGGCGCUUAAAGUCCCACCCCUCGGUCAUCGUGUGGAGUGGGAACAACGAGAAUGAGGCGGCCUUGGCCACUAACUGGUUCGGCAUCCCCGUUGCCCAGCAACCCCGGUACCAUAGAGACUAUGUGACUCUGUAUGUGGACAACAUCAGGGCUAUUGUUCAGAAGGAAGACGGUAGCCGCCCGUUCCUAGUCUCCAGUCCCACUAACGGAGUAGAGUCUCAGCAGGAGGGCUGGGUGGCCCACGACCCCUACGACCUACACUAUGGAGACACACACUACUAUAGCUACAGCCAUGACUGCUGGGACUGGACGGCCCUGCCACGCACACGCUUCGCCUCAGAGUACGGCUUCCAGUCCUGGCCCUCCUUCUCCACCUUGCAGAAGGUGUCUGUGUCAGAAGACUGGAGUUAUGGGAGUAACUUCUCGUCUCACCGUCAGCACCACCAGACUGGCAACCAGCAGAUGCUGCAACAGGCUGGACUACACUACCAUCUCCCAGCCUCAGCAGAUCCACUGAAGAGAUACAGGGACACACUGUACAUCACACAGGUCAUGCAGGCCCAGUGUGUUAAGGUCCAGACAGAGUUCUACCGCCGCAGCCAGAGUGAGGUCAUCGAGGGCAAAGGUCACACCAUGGGAGCUCUCUACUGGCAACUCAAUGAUAUCUGGCAGGGCCCUUCCUGGUCCUCUCUAGAGUUUGGUGGGAAGUGGAAGAUGCUCCAUUACUUUGCCAAGGACUUCUUCUCCCCUGUGCUUCCGGUGGGCUUUGAGGACCAGGGUAGUCUGGUGGUCUAUGCUGUGUCUGACCUGAGCCACGACCUUCACCUCAGGACUGUGGUUUCAGUCUAUGAGUGGAGCAGUCUGGAUCCUGUGUGCACUGUGGCUUCCAGAUUGGUGCUUGUGGAAGGAGGAAGUGCUGAGGUCAUCCACAAACAGCCAAUCUCAGCCCUGCUGGCGGGGUGUGGGCGCGGGAGCUGUACCCGCCUCACCUGUCUCCUUACCUUUCACCUUGAGGACGUCAACAGCCAGCAAGGUCCCAUUAACCACCUCUUCCUCAGCUCACCCAAAAAUGCCCAGCGGAUGCUGAGACCCAACAUCACAGCCGAGGUGCAGCAGGACGAGAUGGGAGGAUACACCGUGACCCUGCAGUCCUCUGCCGUAGCAGCUUUCGUAUGGCUGGAGGUGGGGGACGUCCCAGGACGAUUCAGCACCAACGGAUUCCUCAUGGUCACCAGGAACAGAACAGUCACCUUUAACCCCUGGGGUCCCACCAGUACCCAGCAGAUAGCCCAGGCACUGACUGUUACGUCAUUGAGAGAUGUGUACUGACUAUCUUGCGUAUCAAAUGGCAUCCUAUACCCUACAUAGUGCACAACUUUAGACCAGAGCUCUAUGGGUUGUCCACUAUAUAGGGAAUAGGGUGCCAUUUUGGACGUACUUACUGAACCAGUACCCAGGAGUUAACCCAAAACCCUCUCCCUAACCUCUCUGAGAUGAGUACCGUGACCUUCUCCCUAACCUCUCUCUGAGAUCAGUAUACAUCCUGAAGUUAGGCUAAUUACUGAGGAUACCUCCAGAAGUCAGGCUAAUUACUGAGGAUACCGCCAGACGUCAGGCUAAUUACUGAGGAUACCGCCAGACGUCAGGCUAAUUACUGAGGAUACCGCCAGACGUCAGGCUAAUUACUGAGGAUACCGCCAGACGUCAGGCUAAUUACUGAGGAAACCGCCAGACGUCAGGCUAAUUACUGAGGAUACCGCCAGACGUCAGGCUAAUUACUGAGGAUACCGCCAGACGUCAGGCUAAUUACUGAGGAUACCAACUAACUACAUGGGAGUAACGGGAGUACCUUACAUCUGUACCCUACACGGAGGUGUGGUCACAUUUAGCCACGCUUCGCCUGCAACUCAAUCAAUUUUACAAAAAUCACAUUUUCUGGUGCACCUAAAUUUCAUGUGGUGCUCCUAAUUGUUUGAAGUAGGGAGUGAUUAAUAAAUGAUUACUAAAAAAAUUAAUGUAAAGCCCUGACUGAAACCCUCUCCCUAACAUCUCUGAGAUGAGUACUGAGACCCUCUCCCUAACCUCUCUGAGAUGUGUACUGAGACCCUCUCCCUAACCUCUCUGAGAUGAGUACUGAGACCCUCUCCCUAACCUCUCUGAGAUGAGUACUGAGACCCUCUCCCUAACCUCUCUGAGAUGAGUACUGAGACCCUCUCCCUAACCUCUCUGAGAUGAGUACUGAGACCCUCUCCCUAACCUCUCUGAGAUGAGUACUGAGACCCUCUCCCUAACCUACCUCAGAGAUGAGUACUGAGACCCUCUCCCUAACCUCUCAGAGAUGUGUACUGAGACCUUCUCUCUGAGAUGAGUACUGAGACCCUCUUCCUAACCUCUCAUGAUAUGAGUACUGAGACAUGAGAAACCCCAAAACUCUCUGUCAGUUGGAUUCGACAAUGUUGUGUGUGGGAUUUGUUGUAAAUAAGAUACAAGUGAAGGAAUUUGCAUUAAUAAAGUAAAUGGAGAUAUA